AUGGCGUCCAAGAGGGUUACCGUCGGGAAUGGCAACGAUGCAGCACCACUGCCUUUCCGCUAUCAGUUUGCUGCUGGGGCUGUAGCUGGGAUAUCGGAGAUUUUGCAUGGCAAAUUUGUCGAUGGCGAAGGAUACAAUGGCGUUCUGGACUGCUUCCGAAAGAUCAUUCGCAAUGAAGGUGUAUCAAGACUAUAUCGUGGCAUCACUGCGCCUAUACUGAUGGAGGUGCCCAAGCGUGCUAUCAAGUUCUCCGCAAAUGACUCCUUCACGCAGUUCUAUCAACGCCUCUUCUCAGCCCCGAGCCUGACCCAAACUCUCGCCAUCCUCACCGGUGCCAGCGCUGGCGCGACCGAGUCUCUUGUUGUCGUUCCCUUCGAGCUCCUCAAGAUCCGACUUCAAGACAAGACAUCCGCGUCACGCUACAAUGGGCUGCUCGACUGUCUUGUCAAGGUAGUCCGCCAAGAAGGUCCAUUGGCGUUGUACAACGGCUUUGAAGCCACGCUAUGGCGACAUAUCGUAUGGAAUGCCGGGUACUUUGGCUGCAUCUUCCAGGUACGAGCUCAGCUGCCUGCCCCGGCAACCUCGAGCAAUCCAAGAAGGCAGAAGAUGGGGAACGAUCUCAUAGCAGGGUUCGUAGGCGGUGUUGUAGGGACAACGUUCAACACACCACUAGAUGUUGUCAAGAGUCGUAUACAGAGCGUUGCCAAAACGCCUGGUGUAAGACAAAAGUACGCUUGGGCGUGGCCGAGCUUGGGGGUUGUUGCGAGGGAAGAAGGGUUCAGAGCGUUGUACAAGGGCUAUGUGGCGAAGAUCUUAAGGUUUGGACCUGGUGGUGGCGUAUUGUUGGUGGUGUAUUCCGCAGUGUUGGACAUGUUCGCCAAGGUGGCAUAG